AUGAGGCAAAGGGACAGCGAAAGGGGCAUUGAUCCAAGGAAGGAAAAAGAUGCAGAUCUUCGCCAAGACGCCGGCCGGAAAGACCAUCACCCUGGAGGUCGACAGCAGCCACACUCUCCAAGAUGUCAAGGCCAGAUCCAGGCCAAGGAAGGCGUGUGGGCGGCGGACCAGCAGCAGCGGGUGAUCUUCGCCGGGAAGCAGCUGGAGGAGGAGGAGGACGACGGGCGGACGCUGUCGGACUACGGCGUCCAGCAGGAGUCCACGCUUCAACUCGCGCUCCGCCUGUCCGGGGGAUUCCGCGGAUGCUUGUAUAGGUUCGAGCCCAGCCUCCGAGCCCUCGCCGAGAAGCACAACUCCAACAAGAUGAUCUGCUGCAAGUGCUAUGCCCGGCUGCCUCUCAGAGCUACCAACUGCCGCAAGAAGAAGUGCGGCCACAGCAACCAGGUGGAACUCUUGAUAUUUGUGUAUUCUCUUCUCCCUGCCAUGUAAAAUUAAAUUAAAAAUGCCAUGUUCUUCCGACGACUUGCGAUGAAUCCUUGUUGCAUUUCUUUGAUCUGACUGACGCAUGUGUGUUUUGCACGACCUGUAUAUUGAACAAGCGCCAUGCU